ACUAGUCUGAUAGGUGAGGGAACCCAUUUGGCCUAUAAACCCCACAUCAAUUGCUCAUACAACCGAUGUGGGACAAGUCUCAUACCUUGCAAUGGUUUCAGUCCAUAACAUUCGCCCCUCCUUAAGGACCUCGUUGGUCAGGGCCACGUUGGUCACAGCUGGCUUUCUCCAGGCCACCACGUUGGUCACUGCAGCGGGAUUCUCGGAUCCUUCGCCCGAUUCGCUUCCACUGUCGAUCGGAGACAUCGAGCAGAUUUUGUUGAAUGAAGACGAUGAUUUUGGUCCUGUGGCGGGGGAAGGGUCAUUUGAGGAGCAAGACGUAGGGUUCGAUUGGAGUAGUUUACUACUGGAUUCCCCUUGCGAGGCCUCGGAUUCCAAAUGCUCUAGCGGCGGGUCUGAGGUUGAGGAGAGGGAUCUGGUCGACCCGUUCCAGCAGAAGCUUGACUGUGUUGCCCAGGUGCUUGGUAGUGAUAAUGGAGAUCCCGUAACAAAAAACGCAAGAGGCAACUGAGGAACAGGGAUGCAGCAGUGCGAUCAAGGGAGAGGAAGAAGAUGUAUGUGAGGGAUCUUGAGCUGAAGAGCAAAUACUUUGAAUCAGAAUGCACGAGACUGGGGGUGAUGCUUCAGUUCUGUCUAGCCGAAAAUCAAGCUCUGCGCUUUUAUCUGGAGAACAAUAACAAGAAGGCCGUUGGUGCUUCGAGUCCAAGGCAGGAGUCUGCUGUGCUCUUGUUGGAAUCCCUGCUGUUUGGUUCCCUGCUUUGGUCACUGGGCAUCAUCUUCACAUGCCUGUUCAUCCUACCAUCCCGGCUCCUGUCAACCCUACUGCGAGUCCUUCCUCAAAAAGGGCAAGAAGACCAAAAUCAGGCAAGCCGGAUAAAGGCGGGAAGGGAGCAGAAGAGCAUUAGAAUUUGUGUCUUCCCAACUAUGAUGGGCAAGAGAUACAAAGCUUCGAGGUCAAGGUUGAAGUAUGCUUGUCAUUAGUGUUGCACCCCUGUGCUUUUCUUCACAUUAUACUCUGCACUGUCUUUUGAGUUUUGAUCAUCCCGGAACUUAUGGGUUAUCACAUAGGAAAAUUUAGUUAAAUAACACUAAAACAUAAUG